AUGAUAAAUGAAACUGUUCCGAAUGAAUUCCUCAUAUUGGGCUUCUCUGGUCUUCAAGAGUUGCAGCUGCUACUCUUCUUUAUCAUUCUUGCUACAUACAUUUGUAUUCUGUUAGGGAACAUCUCCAUUCUCACUAUUGUUUGUCUGGAUCCACGAUUUCAUACUCCCAUGUACUUCUUCCUAGGAAAUCUCUCUUUUCUGGAUAUCUGUUAUACCACCACAAUGGUGGUAUAACAGAUAACAGUCCCUCAGAUACUUGUGCAUCUCAUGGCACAGAAGAAGAGUAUCACUCAUGCUGGAUGUGUAACUCAGCUCUAUUUUUUUGUCUCCCUUGUGGGAACUGAAUGCAUCCUUCUAGCUGCAAUGGCCUAUGAUCGCUUUGCAGCCAUCUGCCACCCUUUAAAGUAUACUUUAAUUAUGAAGAGGCCAUUUUGUGUGCAGUUAGCUGGUGCCUGCUGGGUAGGUGGUUUUCUUAAUUCAGCUCUUCAUACUUACUUUACAUUCCAUCUCUCAUUCUGUGGAGCUAAUGAGAUCAAUUAUUUUUUUUGUGAUAUUCCACCACUUCUAUUGCUUUCAUGUGGAGACACAGGUUUAAAUGAAAUCAUCUUGCUUGUCGCUGGGGUAUUUAUAGGAUGGAUUCCAUUUGUCUGCAUUGUCCUAUCUUACAUUUAUAUCAUCUCCACAAUCAUGAAGAUACAAUCCAAUGAAAGGAGGAUCAAAGCUUUUUCCACCUGCACCUCACACCUGACUAUUGUUAUCUUAUAUUAUGGAAGUGCCAUUUUCACCUAUGUCCGACCAAUAUCAACUUAUGCAUUGGAGAAAGAUCGACUCAUUUCUGUCCUUUAUAGCAUUGUCACUCCCAUGCUAAAUCCUUUAAUCUAUACAUUAAGAAACAAGGAUAUUAAAAAUUGCCUGAAAAAGAUAUUUCUGAAAGUUUGUGUCAUGGCUGGAUGGGACACACAUUUUGCUCUUCUAGGGGUCCUAAAAGAAUCAUAAAAUCACCCCGAAGAAGUGAUGAAGAGGAGGGGUGCCUUGUCGAUCACAGAAAGAUGGUGGUCUUUUGGUUUGAUCCAAGGAAAUCCCUCUAAACCAGCAGGGGAAAGACCGGCUACAUUUUUGUAACUGGCCAUUAGCUGCUGACCACUACUUAAUACAUCAUAAACAGCAUGUCUGGAACUGAUUGAGAAUAUUGAUCCUUUUUUUACUAUUUUACAACUGAAUUUCCUGGGAAAGGUUCCCAAGAAGUGAAAAACCUCUGAAUGUAAACAGAAGUGGC